AUGCGAAGGAUCUUUUGGUCCAGGAGGAGAGACGCUAGGCCAGGCUGCUCCUCCACCAGCCCAUGGGCAGCCUGCCUGGGUUUUGGGUGUGUUGGUGGUCAAAGCCAGGCAGUGCCCAGAUACCUCACUGGAUACUGCGCGGUGGGACAGCUUCACCGGGCUGCUAGUGUUGGCGCUGUAGCUACAGUGGAGCGUUUCCUCACGUUCCGGGUAAACGGUAUCAACGACCCGGAUAAGAGGAACAGAACUGCGCUGCAUUAUGCUUGUGCACACGGCCAUCUGGGAGUGGCGACUCUUCUAAUAGAGAGGAAGUGCAACAUUAACGCCUGCGAUGACGACAAGUGCACACCUCUCAUUAAGGCCUCACAGCACCAGCAUCUGGAUUGUGUGGCUGUCUUGCUACAGCACGGUGCCGAUCCCAAUGCUGUGGACGGUCUCGGAAACACUGCCCUCCACUACGCAGUGCUCGGUGAAAACGCAUUCAUCGUUUCCCAGCUCCUUGAACACAGUGCAAAUAUCGAAGCUACAACAAAGCAAUAA